UGUGCCCGAUUUGGAAUAUUUGGUAGUUUCAUCUCAGAAGGUCCAUUAUCAAGCAACUCAGCGUUGCCAGAAAUCCUCACAGGGUGUGGAAAUCGCCUGGCCCCGGAAUCCAGCUGAAAAUGAUUGCCUGCAUAGGUUUUACCCGUCGACUUCAAUCUGGUUGGGAAUCUUUCAAGAUAACAAUAACAAAUGGCAAUCUUCUUCUGGAGAAGUAACUUGGAAGAACUUUGCGACAAAUGAACCUAACGGAAAUGGUGACUGUCUACAAAUGUUUAAUGCCCAUUAUCCUGGCAAAUGGGAUGACACGGAGUGUUGGCGCAAAUUACCUUUUGUUUGUCAAAGACUUGUUGUGAAAUGCAAUGCUUCAGCACCAGUUUCUGGCAGCGUGAACGUUACCUCCAUCCACAUUGGUGAAAGUGUGCAGUAUCAAUGCAAUACUGGAUAUGACCUGGUGGGCCCAGCAACCGCUCACUGCACUCCUCAAGGAUCGCUAACUGAAAUGCCUAUUUGUCGAGUUGUUGUGAAAUGCAAUGUUUUAGCACCAGUUUCUGGCAGCGUGAACGUUACCUCCAUCCACAUUGGUGAGAGUGUGCAGUAUCAAUGCAAUACUGGAUAUGAACUGGUGGGCCCAGCAACCGCUCACUGCACUCCUCAAGGAUCGCUAACUGAAAUCCCUAUUUGUCUAGGUUGGCAGCGCUGUGAUAAUGUGACUGAUUUGGAUUAUUUGGUAUUUCCAUCUCCGACGACCAAAUCUCAAGCAUCUCAGCAAUGCCAGAGUUCCUCACAGGGAGCGGAAAUCGCCUGGCCCCGGAAUCAAGCUGAAAGUGAUUGCCUGCAAAGAUAA